AUGAAUGAUGUGGUGAUACACACGUCACCAAUCAAUACGCUCCCUACUGAAACCCUGCUCGCGACACUCAGCUUUGCACUCUCUGGCCAUGAAUCUCGUCCAUCUAUAUCCAUCGGCCCUGCGGAGCACUAUGACGCACUUCUCCAGCACAUGUUCGACGGCAAGACGUCGUACAUCAACGCUCUGCUGACCCUCACUUCGAUUUGUCGACGCUGGAGAGGGGUGAUCCUCGCAUAUCCCCUCUUCUGGAACAACAUCCAACACCACUCUCCUUUUCUUCACGAGCUGUUUCUUCAGCGUUCGUGUUCGACGACCAUAUCCCUCCAUUUACGCACGUCCCUCGCGCAACAAUCACAUUCGACACAGAGCCUCGUGACCAUGCUACCCGGCUUGGCUCAACGUUUGCGCCAUCUAUACCUGGAGAUCGACGAAGGGACGGUGGACCCUGCAGACUUGCUGAAUUUUCCUGCACCAGAAAUCCAAUGCCUCGUUGUUUCGAUCAGCCUACCAAGAUUGGACGUCGACAGUGCCACGACGGCCCACCCCAUGGCGCUGUUCCAAAACAACGCGCCAAACCUGAGGGCUCUCGCUCUUCACGGACAUUGGGGAUGCAUAUCUCCCACGAAUCAUUUUCCUCACCUCACCCACCUCUUCCUCGUCUUCGGUGUCGAAUGGCAAGUGCAUAGUCCGGAACUACUCCUGGCCCUCCUCUCCCACACUCCGGCCCUUGAAUCAUUGCAUCUGGCUGAUAUCAUGGAAGAAAACUUUGCCUCCGACUUUCCUCCAGCAGAACAUGAGUAUGUCUCACUCAGACACCUCCGCACCAUCACAGUUCAAAUGUGUGAUGUAGACUUCACUUGCGCACUGCUUUCGCGACUGGUCCUUUCUGAGGCGUCGAUUCGCGCCGUUAUCCAGGCCAACACUUUCCGAGGCUCCCACCCGAUCCCACAGACCAUCAAAGAUAUCCUUCGCCCAUUUGUUCCUUGCCUCUCCCUCAUGGGACCCACGCGUCUAUGCAUGCAGGACAUCAGCGAAUACGCGGCGAUCUUGCUCGAAUCCCACGACCGUUCGGCGCGCGGUCCCAGCGUCGUCAUCGACCUCUACGACGCCGUGCGCCGCAGCGUGGAUUGGCACCUCGCGCUCCUCGAGCUCCCGCGGGUCGUCCCGAGCGCGUUCGCCGCGCUCGUCUCCCUCCGAAUCAAUCGCAGCGAGUUCCACCUCCCCUUCACGCCCGCACUCCUCCAGCUGCUCGCGCACACGCCCGCGCUCACCGAGCUCUGCGUCAACUUCGGCUCGCCACACCAGACCCCCACCUCGCUCACCUACGCCAGCUCCCCCUUCCUCAAGUUCCUGGCCCCCUCGGCGCACCUCCCCCUCCCCCUCCCCCGCCUCACGGUCCUCGCUCUCGGCGCGCACUGCACCUCGAUCGAGGCCACCGUUGCAUUCGCGCGGCCGCUCAAGGCGACGCUCAUCGCCCGCGCCGCCCGCGCCGCGCGCCUGCAGCUCCUCAUCGUACGCCCGCUCAUGGCGGCGUGGACCCCGCCGGAGGAGGGCGCGCCGCAGACGCCGGCGCAGGUGCUGUUCUCGGCGCAGACGCGGCUGCUCGACGAGCUCGACCUGGCGCCGCACGCAGACGAGGUCCGGGUGCUCGCGCCAGCGAUGGUGGAGGGGGAUGUGUUUGGGAUGAAGGACUGGGCGGAGGGCGAGCCGGCGCGGUCGCGGUGGGAGGCGGCGGCGGCGGCGGGCGAGGAGGAGCGGGAGCGGUACUGGACGUUCGUUGAGGACGACAAGGUGCACUGCGAGUGUGAAACGCUUCUGUGA